AUGGCUCGCUUGCGGUUCAGCAAGAAGGUGCGCGUCUUGGGCCCAGACCUGCAGCGCAAGAUCACAGUUUUCUCAUCGUUGGGAUUUGGGCUUCUUUUUGGCUUAAUGUCGCUUACAGCAGAGGAUCCUGCUGAGCUCUUCACCGCAGCCACAGGCAUCACAGGUCUGCCCCGCAGGCUGAACGCGACGGAGGCAGAAGAAGCAUCCAGCUUUUAUCCAAAGGAUCUACUGCUGGAAGAGCCAUACUUCGAUCAGCCUCUAGGAAGGAAAUUCUUCGCCUUGUUUCACGUCGUCGGAAUCGCCUACAUGGUGCUGGGAUUGAACACUGUUUGCGACGUCUAUUUCGCUGGUGCCAUUGAUCUUCUCUGCGACGCGUGGGAUUUGACCCCUGAUGUGGCGGGCGCGACUUGGAUGGCUGCUGGGGGAUCGGCCCCCGAGUUCUUCACCUCCAUAAUUGGCGCAACUAUUGCACAGAAUGACAUUGGCUUUGGCACUAUCGUUGGAUCGGCCGUGUUCAAUGUGCUGUUCGUGGUUGGCCUGUGUGGCUGGGUGGCAAAGGGGAACAUUGACUUGACAUGGUGGCCUCUCUUCCGGGACUGCUCAUACUACAUCAUAUCCCUGGCAGUCCUGGCCGCAUUCGUGUCGGACCAGUACGUAAAGCCAUGGGAGGCCGCCAUUCUCUUUGCAAUGUACAUCAUCUACGUGCUGUUCAUGCUGGUGAACCGUCCCCUGAAUGUGUGGGCGUACCAGAUGACGGGCACACCACUGAACAAGGAGCUCAGGGACUACGUUCAGGAGAAGCAGAAGUGUAGCAACAAGGUGGAGCCACUGGAGGCCGUCGAGGAGGCUAUCACUGUGAAGAAGUCAGAUGAGCCACCAAAGCCAGCCAAGGACAACUACAUGGAGCCUGACAAGGUUGUUGUCAAGAGCACGCCCAUCGAUGACGAUGAUGGGAACGAGCCCGAGGACUUGAAUCUGGCCCGAUUGGGGAAAGACAAGGACGAGAAAGGCAUGAGCAAGGACGAUGGCAAGGAUGCCGCAGGCGGUGAAGAUGACGAUGAGGACAACGACGAACCAGACGACUUCAUGGAACGACCCGAGGGCACGAUUAGCACCGUGGUUUGGGUCUUCUGCUUGCCCAUCUAUGUGCUGCUCUACUACACGCUGCCCUGGCCCUCCAAGGGCUCCAAGUUGUUCAUGCUCACCUUCGGGCUCUCCUUGAUUUGGAUUGGGGCCUUUGCCUUCCUCCUCGUCUGGUGGACCGAGACGGUUGCGGCAGUCAUCGGGAUCCCAACCAUCAUCUCCGGCUUGACCUUCCUGGCGGCUGCGACCUCCAUUCCAGAUGCAGUCAGCUCCAUGGCUGUGGCUCGCAAAGGCCAAGCAGACAUGGCUGUCAGCUCCUCCGUCGGCUCCAACAUUUUUGAUAUCCUCGUCGGACUUCCGAUCCCUUGGCUCCUCAAGAGCGCCCUCGAAGCCUCCAAUCCUGAGUUCAAAGGUGUCAUGAUUCGGUCGCCAUUCCUCAUGUUCUACACCUGCUUACUACUAGGGAUGGUGCUCGGCACGGUGGUGAGCAUCAUGAUUAGCAAGUGGAAGCUCAACAAAUUCCUCGGCGCUUGCAUGGCUGUCCUCUACGUCUUGUUCAUUAUCGCUUGCGUUGUGAUCGAAGAGCUUAAGCCGGUGGCGUUGAUGACCAACCCUCCGUGA